AGUUACUUUGGUAGAUCGUUUACUUUUAUAGGUUGGAAUGUGUUAUUGCUUAUUAUCGUUUGCAGAUAUUCAUCAUUUAGUUCGUCAAACAUUAAUAAACAAAGGUUUAGUGCAUUAAAGCCACGAAACAAAAGCGUCGCACUAGAGAAUACAUAUGUAACACAAAUGGGAAAAGAAAAAAAAAGCGAAAACAUGUCCCGUUUUACCUCAUUCCACCAUACUAAAAAUGAACGCGCUUUAAGCGCCUUGUACGAAUCGUAUCAAAUAAUUAUGCAGCUUGACCAUCAGAAUAAAACACAACACCUCGAUCAUGUUCGUUCGUCGAUUUCUAAGAAGGAAAGCCGCCGCAGUUGCAGCUUUAGCUCAUAAACAUCCAUCCUAUCGUACGGGGAACGUUCUUGUGUGCUUGGGCAGCUGUAGUCUUGAGCUGUCGCUAGUAAAUUGACGCAUUUGGCAACAUAAUUUCCUGCCAUAAGAGUAAUACGCUAAUGCAUUCCUAAAUACGAUGCAGUGCAAACCACUUUGUUUUGACAGUCAUAUAGUGUCCAGCCAGUCUAAUUAAAAACGUAUCUGGUAUCUAGGCAAAAAGUAUAGCUGACCAAGAAUGGAGAAGAAUGAAAAGUGCAGUGGUAACGAACCAUUGGAGUUACGACGCAAAAUUGGUUUCUGGAGAGGUGUGUCAGUUAUUUCUGGUCUUAUCAUCGGUUCCGGUAUAUUUAUUUCACCUGUUGGAGUGUUAGAUGCGGCUAACAACAGCAUCGGAAUCAGUCUAAUAGUUUGGCUUGCCGGAGGCUUGAUUGCCAUGUCCUCCAGUCUAUGUUUUUGCGAACUUGCCCUCUCAAUUCAACAAUCAGGGGGGAAUCUUCCAAUUUUCAGUCUUGCGUAUCAUCCAGUUGUGGGCUUUGUUUAUAUUUGGAAAAUGCUUAUAGCACCCUUGUUUGAUUCGGUGUCGCUGCUUGCUUUCGGCAGGUACGCCACGGAAGCAUUUUUUGGAUGUAACCCUCCAGUCUCUGCAACAAAGCUGGUGGCUUUGUGUCUUAUGUUUAGCAUCGUCUUUAUCAACUGCAAAAGUGUGUCUGCGACUCUAAAGUUUCAGAUGGUUUUUACUGGUUGUAAGUACGCUGCCUUGAGUGCAAUAUGCUUCGGAGGAAUCUAUCGAUUAAUUAACGCAGAUCCUGUUGGCAUUCAUAACUUCUCUCACAUUUUUGAUCCUGAACCAAUCAAAAACAUCGAAUGGGGGCGAUUUACGUUGGCAUUUUACAAGAUAUCAUGGCCAUAUUCAGGCUUUUCUGGAUUAGCUUUUCUUGUUGAGGAAGUUAAAAACCCGGAAAAGACUCUUCCACGUGCAACAAUUUUUGCGGUUUCUUUAGUAACUAUUUUCUACAUAUUCGUAAACGUUGGCUACUUUGCAGUGUUGUCGCCAAUCGAAGUUCUCUCUUCGGAAGCAGUGGCUGCUACGUUUUCGUACAAGCUGGUGGGAAGCUUACCAUGGUUGAUUCCAUUGCUUGUCGCAAUCUCUACUAUCGGGUCUUACAACACUAGCAUCCUCGCAUUCUCACGGUGUGCGUUUGUUGCCGGUAGAAAUGGACAGCUACCUAAGCUCUUUGAAAUGGUCCACAUUCACAACUUGACACCUGCUCCAGCUAUUGUGGUGACUUGUGUGUUUUCAAUCACACUUAUUGCAAUCGGUGAGUUGGAUCCACUGAUUGAUGCGCUUGGGUUCACGGGUUGGCUUCACUACUUUAUGAACGCAGCUGCCGUGCUUGUGCUGAGAAAACGUAGACCUGAUCUUCCACGAACCUUUUAAGGUUCCAACGUUCAUUCCCCUGAUGAUCUGCUGCAUCUCGAUAGUGUUUAUCAUCUGCCCAAUAAUACAAAACCCUCAUUUCCUAUAUUUCUACUCUAUUAUUCUGAUGGGAGUCGGCGUUAUAGUCUACCAUUUAUUUGUUGUAAAGAAACUGGAACCUUCUUUCUACCCCGCUAUACAGGACUUUUUACAGCGAUGUUUUCAACUUGCACUGCCGGACACUAAAAUUGCUUAACUGCCCUAAAACUUCUAAGCUUAUCGUUGCUGCUUAAAACACAUAAACAGUUCAGUGUUUGUAGAGUUAUUGACCCAUAUUGUGACUCAUAUACAGCGCUCGUAUGAUCACAGUACGCUCAUGGAAUUAAAAAAAAAAA